AAUUGAUAUUGUUAUGGAUGGCUGAGAAUUUUUUGCAACCAGUAGGUAAAAAGACUAUGGAAGAAGUUGGUGGUGAAUAUUUUGAUGAAUUAUUUGCGAGAUCAUUUUUCCAACCACAUCAUACUCGCCAAAAGACGAUUUUCAUACCUCCCCAAAAGACGUUUGUGAUGCAUGAUCUCGUGCAUGAUUUAGCAAUGAUCUUUGCUGGAGAAUUCUAUUUCAGAGCUGAAGAGUUUCAGAAUGCAAGUGAGGUUGAUAUUAAAACUCGUCGUUUGUCACAUAUUGCCAAAGGCAAUUAUCCAAUGUCAAAACUUUUGGGAGUUUGUGAUAGAGUGAAUCAUACAAGGACAUUUCUUGAAAUCAAUUUGAACGCGUGGAUUCCAUUCAAUAUGGAAAAUGCACCUUGUAUCUUGUUGUCAAAGUUGCAGUACCUGAGAGCAUUGUCGUUCAAAUGCUUUCCUGUUGAGUCACUGCCGGAUUCAAUAGGUGGAUUGAUUCAUCUACGUUACUUGGAUCUGUCUCAUACCUGCAUCGUGACAUUGCCAGAGUCAUUGUGUAACCUGUACAAUUUGCAGACUUUGAAGCUGGUUGAAUGUCGGGAACUACAUAUUCUUCCUGUUGGCAUGAAAGAUCUUAUGAAUUUGCGUCAUCUUGAUACUAGAGGGACUCAUUUGUAUGAUAUGCCAAAAGGCUUAAGUAAUUUGAAAAAUUUGCAGUUCUUAAGUGACUAUGUUGUCGGGAAACAUGAAGAAAACAAGAUUAAAGAAUUGGGAGCACUUGCAGAUCUACAGGAAUCUAUUUGCAUUGGCAAAUUGGAGAAUGUGGUGAGCAGCAGUGAAGCUUUGGAGGCAAGAAUGUUUGAUAAAGAUGGAAUUGAGUCUUUGACGUUGGGUUGGCGGCUAGAUGAAGAUGAAAAUAUAGUUGAUUCCCAAAUUGUAAGAGAGAUACUGGACAAGUUGCAACCUCACAGAAAUUUGAAAGGACUAAAAAUCUGGAAUUACAGGGGUACAACAUUUUCAGAUUGGUUAGGACAUUCUUCUUACCACAACAUCACUAGGGUAGUUCUGUAUCUUUGCAGGAAUUGUUGUAUGCUUCCUUCACUUGGACAGUUGCCCUCUUUGAAGCACCUUGAAAUUGGAUUUUUUGAAAGUCUGGGGAUUGUGGGUGCUGAGUUUUACUUUUCCCUGAAAGAUGAAUGUUGUUUGGAGACACCACCGUUUCCAAAGCUCGAAACUCUUUCGUUUUCGUCAAUGGAUUGCUGGAAGGAGUGGCGUUCAUUGGAGUUCAAUGCAUUCCCUCGACUUACGGAGCUUAAAAUAAGUUCGUGUCCGAUGUUGAGUGGAGAUUUGCCGAAUCAUCUACCAUCUUUGCAAUCACUUGAGAUUGAGAAUUGCGAGCAGCUGAGUUUUUGUGUUCCAAGAGCUCCUGCAAUGACCUCUUUAAUCAUAAAAGGCGGGAGUGAAGUGAGAAUUGGGGAGUUACCUCCUUUACUACGUCAAAUAUCAAUUGAAGGAAGCCAUCAUCAAGUGGAGUGGGUUGUGGAGGCCAUUAUGCACAAGCAACUGAGUUGCCUGACGUCAUUAUCCAUCGCAGGUUGUUCCACCCAAAUAUGGUUUCCAGUGAGUGGUAUUCCCGCAUCACUACAAGAGUUGACGAUUCGGGAUUGCGGAAAAUUAGAAUUCCAAAUGGAUGGGCAACAUCACUCGCUGCAAAAACUAUCAAUACAGAACAGCUGUGAUUCGGUUACAUCCUUCUCGUUGUUGGAUGCCUUUCCAAAUCUCAAGGAUGUUGGAAUCAUAAAGUGUGAAAAGAUGGAGUCUAUUGUGGUGUCAGGGUCUCUUUCAUGUCUCCGUUCUUUAGGUAUCGAGAAUUGUGGGAGUUUGAAAUCCGUGUCGAGGCUAUGGAUGGCAGCACCUCAGCUAGAAUUACUGGCAUUAGUGGGUUGCCCAGAGAUGGAUUUGUCUGCUACAGGGGAUGGGGAUCCACACCAUAGCCUGAGAAAUCUUGCCAUCGACUACAGCAAGAAACUGGUGAGCUCUGCAGCAUUCAUGAAUUCGCAGUUUCAUGGGCUUACUCAACUUAGCAUUGUAGGUGGAAACGACAAGAGUGUGUGUGUGAAGUGUUUCCCAAAGGAAGGUUGGUUGCCUGCCUCGCUUGAGUCGCUCACAUUGUAUGACAUUAAAAGUGUGGAGACGUUGGAAUGCAAGGGACUUGCCCACCUCACCUCCCUCCAGAAACUAAGUAUUGAGAGUUGUCUUAAGUUGGAGAAUAUGGAGGGAGAAAAGCUGCCUGCCUCUCUAACACAACUCAUCAUCUGUGGAACUCCUUUGCUGGGUAAACGGUGUGAGCUGAAGGACCCACAGCUUUGGCCCAAAAUUUCCCACAUCCCCCACAUUCAAGUUGAUUGGAGAUGGAUUUAGUAAUCUAACAACUUCAACAGAAUAUCCAUGGACCCGACAACACAACUUCUCCAGCUAUGCUUUUGCUUUUACUGCAUGAAUAAUAUUGAGUCAUUGCAAUACACACAGGUGAAUGCUGAGGAAUUCUCACUAUCACUGCUUUCAUUUAAGUGCUUAUGAAACCUCAUGUCAUAAUUGGUAUGGAUAGCUGAACUAACGAUUUUUUUUGGACAAAAUAUCAUUUCAUGAAAAUUUAUAUCUUCACAGACAAGGAAUAAAUAUGUACUUUAUAAUGUUUGAGUAACAUUGAUUACUCGAAAAAUAUGAUAACUUAUAUGUGUUGGAAACAGGUGAGAGUGAAACUUCCAUGCAGAAAGCAAAUGAGAAACAAGAGAGAGCCACAAUCAUGGACACAAUUGAGCAAGUGUUCAUUGCAUUGGAAAAUUUAAUACAUUAGCUUCUUUAUUUUCUUUUGGAACCUACUCUUCUGAAGAUUGAGACUUUUGGUUUUGGUUUUUACUUUCUAGAAAUUUCAUGGUCAUGGUUCUCUUUGGAAGAUUCAUGUUGGUACAUUCUUUUGCAGACAUGUAGUUGUAUUUUUUGGGAAUUUUGUAUUUGAUUUGAAUGUGUCAUGCUACUAUAUUGGUGAAUUACUUUGGCGUUUAUAUAUUGGAGCACUGUGAUUAAUUGUU